AUGGCGCAGACGUCCAUGACGCGUGAGGCCGCCGUUGAGUACGGCUACCAAUUGCUCCUUCUGCUGCAAACACCCAAGCUGAAUUUCACCGCGCAGUCGCAGCGGUACCCUUCCUCCGACUGCAACGAACCAUGCACGGGCGCUGCGACCGAGAUGUGUGGAGCAGCCAAUCGCAUGAAUAUCAUCCGGGCAAACUGUUACGGCACACCCGUUCCGACAGCGACGAAGGAGUUGCCGUUCUGCAACACGAGUCUGUCCAUCGGUGCCCGCCUCGACGACCUCAUUGGACGCCUCAGUCUUCAGGAGAUGGCCGGUCUCAUUGGCCCCGAUCCCGUCACCAGCCCAUGCGCCUUCCUUGACUACGGCGUCAAGAGGCUUGACAUCCCGCCGUAUCUGCAUCUGGUGGAGACGAACACGGCCGUUGCCUCUGCGUGCAUCACUAGCCAGGACAAGUGUGCCACCACCUUCAUUGGAUCCAACGGUCUCGGCGCAGCCGUCAACCGAGUCAUAUCCACGGAGAUGCGCGCCUUCAACAAUCUCAACUGGCACAGGGGCGGCAGCGUCUUGCAGAAGAUCGGACUUACAGGUCUCAAGCACUUUGGCGCGCACUCGGUCGAGACAACCGCGUGGCAUUCAACGGGAACAUCUCCACCUUUGACCUCUGGGACACCGAGGUAUGUAUGUGUGUGUGUGUGUGUGUGUGUGUGUUUGUAUGUAUGUGCGUGUGUGUGUGUGUGUGUGUGUGUGUCUUGUGAGGAGUACCCGCCGCUGCCGGACCGCGCCUCGUGCUUCCCCACCAGCGUGUGCGAGGAGCCCUUCAUCGAGACCAUCCCGCCCACGCUCACCACGGACCGCCUGUGCUCCUGCGACACGCUCACAUGCAACAAGCUCGUCACGCAGUUGUUUGAGGAGAUGGUGUGCGCUGACCCCACGGACGAGCAGCUCGACGUGGUGCUUGACGUGUGCUGCUCCGGCCAGGGCGAGGAUGGCAUCUGCGACACCAUUUGCCAGAUGGACGCCUACGAGGCACGCCGCUCCUGCCCAGGCUGCACAGACACGUGCGAGUGCAGCGCUGGCUUCAUCCUUGUCUACGACGCCGAUUCGGCCGACUGUCGGCCGUGCGACAGCGUGACGGAGUUCUCCCCAUCCAUUGGCGGCAGCAAGUGCGAGCCCAUUGAGGAGUGUGAGCGCGGCCAGGAGGAGGUCUCCGCGCCAACCCGCUCCUCGGACCGCGUGCGCCGCGACUGCCCGGCCGGCACCAUCGACUCGGACAGCGACGGCUCCACGGGUUGCCAGUUGUGCCCCGCUGGCCACUACACGGAGGCGGGCUCGCACGGCUCCUGCUCCAGCUUCACCUGCCGCGCAGGCACCCACCACCACCACGACAGCGACCCCACCACCACGUGCAUGGACGUCACAGAGUGCGCAUCCGGGCAUGAAGAGGUGCAGGCCAUGACGCUCCUCAUCAGCGACCGCGUCUGCGACGAGUGCACAGAGGGCACGCACAAGGCUGUCUCUGGCCAGGGCGUGCCCUGUCUCCCCGUCACCACGUGCGACGCCGGCGAGGAGGAGACAGCCGAGCCCACCCCCACGAGCGACCGCCCCGUCGACGGCCAGGCCGAGGCGUGCCGCCCCGUCACACAGUUCGGCGCGUAUGAGGAAGAGAUUCGCAAACUUACGCGCCAGCACGACCGCCUCUGCCGCAAGUGCGUCCAGGACACGCGCGUGCCCGUGUCGCGCUGCGCGGGCUCGGGUGCAUUUUCUCGCAUGGCCGCGAGCAAGUGCGAGUUUGGCACCUUCCAGAGCCAGGCACCCACGCUCGACUCUGACCGCGAGUGCGCGGCAGGAGGUGGUCGGGGCGCUGGCCACCUGAAGUUGCUGCACCCGAUUGCGCUCAUGUUGAAGGGCACCCUGGACUGCCUGAGCACCCUGCACUUCAUCCACAUUCUGCAGCUCUUCUGUGUCCUGACCACGCUCACGUUUGACCGCCAGCGCCGCCGCCGCAGGCCUCAUAGGAAGAUGCUGUCUCAGUCGAAUGAAGCGCUGAAACGCAUCGGCACCAUCGCUGCCACCACCGUCACCUGCACCUGGCUCGCUCUCGCCAGCGACAUAGGCAUCUCCGCAACCAUCUCUCCUCUCAUCUAUGUCGACAAGUGCGUUCAGCUGACAUGCACCGUUACCACUACGCCUCCACGUCCACGCCCAGCCACUGCCCAUCCAUCAUCGUGGUGUCGUUUCCUCCCACGCUCCCCAGCACCAACAGCCAUCAAGAGCGAGCACAUCUGCCGGGAUGCGUGCACGGGGAUGGUGGGCUCACCAUCGACCACCACCGCCCACGGCCGUAUGGGUUCAGGUCGCUCGCCCACCCUGGCAGGCACGUGUGGAGGGAGCCGGGACCCCAAGCGCACACGGACGGGUGCGCCCCAAACGCGGGAGACGUGCUCUAACUUGUCGCCCGAGGACACGCGCGCGCGCGAGGUGGACAAGGACACGCACGUGGUCGUCAACGAGAAGACGCUGCAGGCGCCGUUCGAGACGAAGCUGAAGCUGCUGUCGGGGAUUGCCGCCGAGUUCGCGGGCAUGAUGCGCAGCAAGACCGACGAGGAGACAAGACUGCGGAAGCACGCUGCCGGAACGCAGACCUCUUCACGUUCCUGA